UUGGCCGCCGAAUGCCAGAGCGCUGGCUACGCCGGCACCCUCAUCCCGUACAAGUGCGACCUCUCCAACGAAGAGGAGAUCCUGUCCAUGUUCUCCGCCAUCAAGACCCUUCACCAGGGGGUCGACGUGUGCAUCAACAACGCGGGGCUGGCGCGCCCGGAGCCGCUGCUCUCGGGGAGCACGGAGGGCUGGCGGACCAUGAUAGACGUCAACGUGAUGGCUGUAAGCAUCUGCACCCGAGAGGCCUAUCAGUCCAUGAAAGAGAGAAACAUCGACGACGGGCACAUCAUUAACAUUAACAGCAUGAACGGCCACAGUGUCGUGCCACAGUCGGUGGUGCAUUUCUACAGCGCCACCAAGUACGCGGUCACAGCGCUCACGGAGGGGCUGCGGCAAGAGCUCAGAGAAGCGAAGACCCAUAUACGAGCUACCUGCAUAUCUCCAGGACUGGUGGAAACAGGAUUUGCUUUUAAACUUCAUGAUAAUGACCCAGAGAGAGCUGCUGCCACCUAUGAGAGCAUUCGGUGUCUCAAAGCUGAAGAUAUGGCCAAUGCUGUCAUCUAUGUCCUCAGUGCCCCACCACACGUGCAGAUUGGAGAUAUUCAGAUGAGGCCCACAGAGCAGAUAUCAUAGCAAACGAAGAGGAAUGUGAGCAGCGCUGUGUAUCCACUCCACUUCGAACCCUCUGACAAUUUAGGGUUUUGGCGGCUAGCAACGUUUAACCAAGUACCAAGGAUCAUGUUUGAAGAAUUAUUUUUUCUCUCCCUCUCUCUGAGCUGGUGCUGAGCCAGUU